AUGGAGAUGGUCAAGCUCGAGCCGCAUGAGGAGCUGAAGGCCCGAGGUAUCGUCGAGAUUUUCGAUGACCGUCUGGGUAACGCCGGCUUUGUCUCACAUCAGUGGGUUGCCCAGGAUCACCCUGAUCCAGACUUCAAGCAAAUGCAAGUUUUGAAGGAUGCCAUGAAGCAUGUCCUGACCAGCCAGGGUGUGGUUCCCCUGGACUUUGUGACCGAAACCUGCAUCCCCACGGCCAAAUCCAUCCCUUUCCAAGAGUUCCAGUCGAAGCCUCUGUUCUUAUGGUACGACUACUUCUCUGUCCCACAGCUGGAGAAGCUGGAAGGCUACAUCUCCGCGGGCGAGGGAGGCAACAAUCAGGUGAAGGCCAUCAAUAGCAUCCCAGCCUAUAUCGCCAAGUGCCGCUACUUCUUUGCCCUGUGCCCUACGCUGGACUGCCAUGCUGAAGGAAGGGUGCUGAAUGGGACGACUUGGUCACGUAGAGGGUGGUGUAGGCUUGAGCGAGCAUCGCGCGAGCUCUCUCAACAUGACACGUGGGUUCUCAUACAGGGAUCUACGACCCUUCGGGUGGUAGGCACGGCGCUGUCGUUUGUGACCGGCCCUGUGGGCGAGGGUGAGUUCAGCGUGGAGGGCGACCGUGCCAAGCUCGCCGCGGUGAUGAUGACGAUCGUGAAGCGGAAGCUGCUGCUGUCGCUCCAGGCUGGCGACCUGUCGAGCUACCGCCGCCACCUCAACCUCCAGUCCGUGCACUUACGCGGCUUCAACAUGGAAGGGGUGGUCGACAUUGUCCCCGACAAGCCCGGCAGUGGAGCAGACGAUGUGGUGGCACACUUCCUCCACCGGAUGGGCCUCAGAAGUGUGGACCACAAGGACGCGGCAGGUUGGCGGCCGCUGCACUACGCUGCCUUGUCAGGCAACUUGCAGCUGAUCGAGGCCUUGCUGAAACAGCGCGCUGACCCCAACAGACGCACCUCCAAGGACGAGCCGAAGUUGGGAUUUCCGCCGUGGGUGUCGCCCCUCGACCUGGCCGUCUUCUAUCGGCACAACGACGCGGCACGGCUGCUGAUCGCAUCGAAGGCCUCUGUCAGAGGGGGAAUCCUGACCGCGAUGCAGCACGCGUGCAUGUCUGACAAUGCAGAGGGCAUCCGCUUCCUCAGCAAGAACGACCGCAAAUCGCUGGGAAGAAACCUCUUUGGUGCCACAGCCCUCGAGGUUGCAGGUUCCUACGGUGCCUGGGAAGCGAUGGAGGAGCUUCUGCGGCAGGUGCGCUUCGGCCGGCUGGAGAUCUCCGGCGCCCUCCACGCCGCCAUGAUCCUACACGGUGGCUCCGCGAGGAUGGUCGAGCGCCUGGUCAGUCUGCGGGCCGACGUCAACUUCCAGUACCAUCCGCACCGGAACCUGUCACGUCUCGGCCGGGUGAUCUUCGGAGGGAAGUCGCUGCAGCACCGGUUCGGGCGAGCCACGGUGUUGUCGGAAGUUGCGUAUCACAGUUACGGCUGCACGCCGCUGAUGGCGACCUUGCAGACAGCGCAAUACGAGGGCGCUGCUGCUUUGAUCGCUGCAGGAGCUCGGCUGGACAUCAGAAACUGCCGCGGCUUCACGGCGGCCGACUUUGCCAGAGGCCAGCCCAUCCCCGAGUUCCUGCAGGCAGGGCUGGCAGGAGACCCCGAAGAGUGCGAGAGAGUGACAUCUCUGGCACUUUCCGAGGACUACUUUGAGAUCUAG